AAACCCAACCCUUCCAGACUUCAUUGUAAGGUUUUAACCCUCCCGAACUCAAAAACCCUCCAAUGGCGGAAAUCCCGCCAACUGAAACCCUAACCUCAGUGGAGCACCAGGAUUCCACCGACCAGCCCAAUCCAUCGGUUAGCCCUCCGCCUCCAUCCGCCGAAGGAAUCAACCUUCCAGAGAAGCGCAAGCGUGAGGGUGAGCCCGAACCGGAACCCUCAGCCGACAAGGCGAAGCACCCGCUGUGGAAGACGAGCCUAUGCUCCUACUUCAGGAGGUCUGGCGAAUUGUGCAGCCACGGCGAUACUUGCCGCUACGCUCACGGGGAGGACGAGCUCCGGCCGCGCCCCAACAACACUUGGGAUCCCACCUCGGAGCGGGCUAAAAAGAUGGCCAAAACUAAUGACCAGGAUAAAGCGGUUGAGGAGGGCGGCAUAAUGAUGACGGAGGCGUUGGAGGAGGACGGGGAGGAGUCUUCUUCUGGUUUAUCCAAAUGUAUCGUCAAUUUGCCUAUGAAGUGGAGUUCGGAUAAUUUUAGGUUUUUUCUGAACGAGCAGAAACUGGAUGGGAAAACUGUUGGAAAUAAUAGAACAUUAAAGGUCUCAGAUGUCAUUCAAAGACCGUUUGAGAAAAACAAUAAAGCUGCAUUGCCUGAAAAGCCAUCUCCAGAUAAUGAUGAUGAGAAUGACAGUGUACUUCCUAGCGAUUCAGCCUCAAAGGCUAGAAGUGCCCGUGAUGCUGUGACUCCUCUUGCUCACAUGUCCUAUUCUGAUCAGCUCGAGCACAAGAAAAACUCUUUGGCACAAAUCCUCAAAAGACUAACUCGAAAUGCACGCAAGGCAUGUCCAAAUGGUAUUUCACUUCCAGAAUGGAUCCUGAAUGCUAGAGAAAUAGGUGGUCUUCCAUGCAAAUUAGAGGGUAUAAUCGAAUCACCCCUUGUUAAUGGAUACCGUAACAAGUGUGAAUUCUCUGUUGGAAAUUCUUUGCAAGGGAAGCACACAGUGGGCUUUUUACUUGGGAAUUUCAGGGAAGGUGUGACAGCUGUUGAGGAACCCGUUGACUGCCCAAAUGUUUCUAGAAUUGCUUGUAAAUAUGCUGCUAUCUUUCAAGAAUUUCUGCAGCAGUCGUGCUUGCCCAUAUGGAACAGAUUGAACAAUAGUGGGUUCUGGCGUCAACUUACGGUUCGAGAGGGUAGGAAACCUGGCCAGAUUGAUGCUGACAAUUCCGAGACUAGUAUUUCAGAGGUCAUGCUCAUGGUUCAGGUUUGCACCCUGGGUUCUGAUGAAGGGCAGGUAAAAGAGGAACUUCAUCGGUUAGCACAAACUUUUUCUGCAGGAUCUACUGCAGAAUCUCCUCCAUUACCUUUAACUACACUAGUGAUUCAGGAUCAUACAGGAAUAUCAAAUGCUGCACCAUCCGAUGCCCCUUUGCGGUACAUUUUUCUUCAUAGAGGGGGUGAUUGUGGACUGGAGAUAGCUGAUGAUGUCGUAGAACCGAGAAUUCAUGAUCACAUAAGCAAUCUCCGGUUCUCUAUAUCUCCAUCUGCCUUCUUUCAGGUUAACACCCUUGCAGCAGAGAGCUUGUAUUCACUUGCUGGGGACUGGGCUGACCUGGGUCCUGACACUUUACUCUUUGAUGUUUGUUGCGGGACUGGAACUAUUGGUCUGACUUUAGCUCACCGUGUUGGCAUGGUCGUCGGUAUUGAAAUGAAUGCUUCUGCAGUUUCAGAUGCAGAAAGAAAUGCAGAAGCCAAUGGCAUUAAAAACUGCAGAUUUGUCUGUGGAAAGGCUGAGGAUGUUAUUGGGUCGUUGAUGAAAGAGUAUCUAUCUUUGCCUGAAAAGCAAGACGAAAACAGAGAGACAUCUGAAAAUAAUGAGUCUGGAGUCAAUUCCGCUGAAGAAAAUAUAAACUCUGUGGAUGGUGUGGUUGUAGCUGAAAAUAGCUCUGUUGUUAACCAUGAGAAUGGUCAUGCUGUGAGUGGGUGUUCGAAAGAUGAGGCUAAGUUGGAGAAGGAUUCCACUCCACAAAGUAGUAGCAACCCAAUGCGACAAUUUAAAAAUGUCGUUGCUAUAGUGGAUCCUCCACGUGUCGGACUUCAUCCCACUGUAAUCAAAGUUUUGAGGACACAGUCGCGUUUAAGGAGGCUCGUCUACAUCUCCUGCAAUCCUGAUAGUCUGGUGGCAAACGCUAUCGAGCUCUGCACGCCUUCACCCGAUAAAUCUGAGAAAGGAAAUAAUAAGAACAAUCGGGGAUGGAGAAAUAUGAGCGCAGCUGGUCUAGCCCGUCACAGAUCCAAAUCUAUGCCUGAGUCCGAGCCAUUCAAACCCGUGAAAGCGAUGGCCGUCGAUCUUUUCCCUCAUACACCCCACUGCGAGCUGGUGAUGCUGCUUGAGAGGUGUGUGGUGUAGUAUUUAUUCCAAAAAAAAAUUAAGCUGGAAUGACUUAUUCAGAAAGAAAACAAAAUGUAAUAGAUACCCUAGAAGUGGUGGUUAUCCAUGACUCCUAGCUCAACUGGUUGAGAAUGGAGGUAAGGAUACCGCCCAUCCAGGAUGUCUUGAGGGAUUAAUUUCCCCUGUGGGCUUUUACAAGGCUUGUUGCCUUGUGGCUUGGCAAGCUGAUGAGUCUUGACUCGUUCGGGACAGCGCUGGUCUACGGGCCUAACCCGGCGGAGGGUGGCUGGUCUACAAGCCUGACCAAGGCUAGUUCACGAGACCGAAUCCGGCUGGAGGGAGGCUAGUUCACGAGCCACGAGGGUUGGGAAGGGCUAGUUAGCUUGACAAAUGUAUCACGAACUCAGGUGUGUGUGAAAAAAAAACCUACAAAUGGUUGUUCGGUUCAGUUAUCAUUUAAACUGGGAUGAUACGACAUGUUUUUUGCUUUUAUUAGAAAAUAAUUAGUGUUCGACUUUGUGUAAUGAAGAAAAGCAAAAGCUGAGGCGGAAAGGAGUACAUCUUCAUCAAUACUUUUAUAUAUAGUCUGCGGUGUUGGAGCCA